CCUAUGAAAUAAGCGAACCUGGCUUUCCCCGGGCUCUUCGUGGUAUAGAGGUCAUUUCCGCUAUUGGCGGCGCUGCAGCUUCUUCCUGUUUCCCAGCAUCCCCCGAACUGCCUCCGCUGCUGCCGCAUCCAAGAUGGAGGAGUACGCUCGUGAACCCUGCCCCUGGCGAAUUGUGGAUGAUUGUGGUGGGGCUUUCACUAUGGGUACCAUAGGAGGUGGUAUCUUCCAAGCAAUCAAAGGUUUUCGCAAUUCUCCUGUGGGAGUGAGCCAUAGGCUGCGAGGCAGUUUGACAGCAAUCAAAACCAGAGCACCACAGUUGGGAGGUAGCUUUGCCAUUUGGGGAGGUCUCUUUUCUAUGAUUGAUUGCAGUAUGGUAAAAGUCAGAGGAAAAGAAGAUCCAUGGAAUUCCAUCACAAGUGGUGCCUUAACUGGAGCCAUAUUGGCAGCAAGAAAUGGACCAGUGGCCAUGGUUGGUUCAGCUGCAAUGGGUGGCAUUCUUCUAGCUUUAAUUGAAGGAGCUGGUAUCCUGUUAACAAGAUUUGCAUCUGCACAGUUUCCAAAUGGACCGCAGUUUGUUGAAGAUCCUUCCCAGUUGCCUCCAGCCCAGUUGCCACCCUCACCAUUUGGAGACUACCGGCAAUAUCAAUAAUGAGACUAUUGCCCUGAGGUUUCUUAUUACAAUGUGAUCUUUAGUUCUAGAAAGAUUCUGGAAGACCAAGUUACAGUCAGAUUUGGACAAGAAGAACUGAAUUCUCCGAAGAAACACUUAGCACUUUUUCUAUUUAAAGGAACCUGGGGACAGAAAGUUUAAAAGAUCUUUAAAUUUUUAUUUAUUCGUACUUGGAUUGCAUUUGUAAUAAAAUAAAUGUCUAGGUAUUGUUCAAAAAGGAAAUACUUUAAAUACUUAGAAGAUGAAGGACCAAAGGAAGAGUACUGAAAUUGGUUUCCUUAUGGACUUCUCUGCCUAGUUUGGUGUUCUGUGGUUCAAACAAUAAUAUCCCCUGGAACUUGUUCUUUCUUUCCAGAUCAGUAAUAGUGCUCCACUUUUCAUCCUCAAACACUUCAUCUUCUCUACAAAAAUAGAUUUAAGCCUGCAUGUAUUGGAGUCAGAAUCUUUUCUCACUCCUGAAAUGGAUUGUGUAUGAAAGUGAAGAAUUUUGCCGAGCCAGCACAGGUUAUUUUAGUAACACACUUUAGGUAUCAGAGUGGUACAGUAAAGUGCAAACUUUUCACACAAUACCGCCUUACAGGGAAAGUGAAAUAUGCCAUGCCCUUCUUUUGAACUGUCAACUACAAGACUUCUCUUAGGCUUCUGUGCCUUGGUUUCUGACUAUUAGAAAUCUCACCAGAAAUGACCCCUUUCCAAAAUGCUUAAUACUGUAAAAAGAACUCAGAGCAGGAAUAGUUUUCAUUAUUGGAAAAGUUUGUUCAUUUGUGGGAUUGAAAAUAAAAUGUGAAGAUUUUUUUUGUGAUGCUUUUGUAGUCUCAAGGAACUGAUUUUUACAUAUAGAUUGAGCAGAGCUCCUGGUAAAUAAUUUUUGACUAAAUCAUUGUGAUCUACCAGAAGUUGUAUAACCAGUUACUUUCAUUUGCAGCAUGGCCUACAGCAUGCAUUUUGCAGAAUGCCAAUUGUGAACUCACCAGUACAAGGAAUUCAAAGAUGAAUUAAAUGGUCUCUAUCUCCAA